CUUGGAAAUUGUAAUCUGCAGCCCUAAAUUGAGUCGAGCAGCCACAGAGUUAGUUCGAGCGGAGAUGGCAGCGGCGGUGGGGAGGAUGAAGCUGGGCUCGCAGGGGCUGGAGGUCUCCCGCCAGGGCCUGGGCUGCAUGGGCAUGUCCGCCCUGUACGGUCCGCCCAAGCCCGAGCCCGACAUGGUCGCCCUGAUCCACCACGCCGUCGCCUCCGGCGUCACCUUCUUCGACUCCUCCGACGUCUACGGCCCCUUCACCAACGAGGCCCUCCUCGCGAAGGCUUUUCGAGGGGGAAUGAGGAAGAAGGUGGAGGUGGCCACCAAGUUCGGCUACCACAUCGUCGACGCGGCGAACUUCGAGAUCCGCGGCGACCCAGCGUACGUGAGGGCGGCCUGCGAAGGCAGCUUGAAGCGGCUGAAUAUCGACUGCAUCGAUCUCUACUACCAACACCGAGUCGACAUUCGAGUCCCCAUCGAGGUCACGAUCGGAGAACUAAAAAAGUUAGUUGAAGAAGGCAAAAUAAAAUACAUCGGAUUGUCUGAGGCAUCCGCUUCGACCAUCAGGCGGGCGCAUGCCGUCCACCCCAUCACUGCAGUGCAGCUCGAGUGGUCUCUCUGGUCCAGAGACGUAGAACAAGAUAUUAUUCCUACUUGCAGGGAACUUGGUAUCGGAAUCGUCGCGUAUAGUCCUUUGGGAAGAGGGUUUUUCUCUUUGGGACCAAAAAUAGUCGAAACACUAACCGAUUAUGAUUUUCGCAAGAUGGUGCCUAGAUUUCAGCCGGAGAACCUUGCUCAAAAUGGACUAAUAUUUGAAGGUGUGAGCGAAAUGGCGAAGAGGAAAGGGUGCACCACUUCGCAAUUGGCCUUGGCUUGGGUCCAUCACCAGGGGCCUGAUGUUUGCCCCAUCCCCGGCACCACCAAGAUCGAAAAUUUCAAUCAAAAUAUUGGAGCUUUGUCGGUAGAGCUCACUCGGGAAGAAAUGGUCGAGCUCGAGUCGUUUGCCGCGGCGGAUGCCGUGAUGGGUGAUCGGUAUGCGACCACCUCGGGCACGUGGAGGGAAUCUGAGACCCCUCCUUUGUCUUCGUGGAAGGGCCGCCAAUGAACGUAACAAGAAAAACUCUAACUCCUAUCGAAUAAAAGAGCUUGUCUAGCUUCACAUCUAGAUUGAAUAAAAGAGCUUUCUUUGGAGUAUUGGAGCUCUAAUCGCAUUUAUGUUUAAUUUGGUGAAGUCUUGAAAGAUCAAUUUGCAUUGUCUCGCAAUCCUUUAAUAGACGUUAACACUUACACAA